GCACUGUAGCCUGGUUUCAGCCCAGCUCAGAAGCUCCUGCUGGAGUCUCUCCUGCUUGAAAAGGACAAGAAGGCACAGGCUGCCUGACCAUGGCCACCACAUUCUUGCAAACUUCCUCCACCUUUGGAGGUGGCUCUACCCGAGGGGGUUCCCUCCGUGCUGGUGGAGGCGGCUUUGGUGGAGGGAGUCUCUACGGGGGAGGCGGGAGCCGAAGCAUCUCUGCUUCUUCUGCUAGGUUUGUCUCCUCGGGGGCCGGAGGGGGAUAUGGCGGUGGUAUGAGUUGUGGUUUUGGUGGUGGUGCUGGUGGUGGUUUUGGUGGAGCCUUCAGUGGGGGUUUUGGCGGUGGCUUUGGUGACUUUGGCGGUGGCGAUGGAGGUCUCCUCUCUGGCAAUGAGAAGAUCACCAUGCAGAACCUCAAUGACCGCCUGGCCUCCUACCUGGACAAAGUGCGUGCCCUGGAGCAGGCUAACACGGAGCUGGAGGUGAAAAUCCGAGACUGGUACCAGAAGCAGAGCCCAGCCAGUCCAGAGAGAGACUAUAGCCAUUACUUUAAGACCAUGGAAGAGAUCCGGGACAAAAUACUGGCUGCCACCAUUGACAACUCACGUGUCAUCCUGGAGAUUGACAACGCCAGGCUGGCAGCAGAUGACUUCAGGCUCAAGUAUGAGAAUGAGCUGGCCCUACGCCAGAGUGUGGAGGCCGACAUCAACGGGCUGCGCCGGGUGCUGGAUGAGCUGACCCUGGCUAGGACCGACCUGGAGAUGCAGAUUGAGCACUUGAAUGAGGAGCUGGCCUACCUGAAGAAGAAUCACGAGGAGGAGAUGAAGGAGUUCAGCAGUCAGCUGGCUGGCCAGGUCAAUGUGGAGAUGGACGCAGCACCUGGGGUGGACCUGACCCACGUGCUGGCCGAGAUGAGGGAACAAUACGAGGCCAUUGCAGAGAAAAACCGUCGGGAUGCAGAGGCUUGGUUCUUCAGUAAGACUGAAGAGCUGAACAAGGAGGUGGCCUCCAACACAGAAAUGAUCCAGACCAGCAAGACAGAGAUCACAGACCUGAGACGCACCAUGCAGGGGCUGGAGAUCGAGCUGCAGUCCCAGCUCAGCAUGAAAGCUGGGCUGGAGAACUCCCUGGCAGAGGUGGAGUGCCGCUAUGCCACACAGCUGCAGCAGAUCCAGGGGCUCAUCAGCAGCCUGGAGACCCAGCUGAGCGAGCUCCGCUGUGAGAUGGAGGCUCAGAACCAGGAGUACAACAUGCUGCUGGACAUAAAGACUCGGCUGGAGCAGGAGAUCACCACUUACCGCAACCUGCUCGAGGGCCAGGAUGCUAAGAUGGCUGGUAUUGGUGCCAGGGAAGCCUCCCUGGGAGGUGGAGGCAGCAGCGGCAGUGGCAGCAGCAACUUCCACAUUAGUGUGGAGGAGUCAGUCGAUGGAAAGGUGGUUUCUUCCCGUAAGAGAGAAAUCUAAGUGUCUGGUGCAGGAGAAAAGACCCUUGCCACGCCCCCCAUGACCCCUGCUCUCCCUGGGCUGAGAGAGGUGCAGGCCAGAGAGGUUGGAAAAGCAGACUCCAGUCCAUGCUUUCGGAGAGUGACCUGAUGAAGAGAGUCUCUGCUUUCCAGCUCCAGGCUCUGCAUGCUCUUCCUGUUGUACCUUUCCCUGCUUCCUUUUGAGCGGAGAGGUGCGUGAAGCAACUGACCUUUGUAUGGUUGUCUGUUCCCUCAAUAAAGAAUCACUUUUCUUUUCACAAA